UUCGUCCAGUCUCCAUCCCAUCACUUUUGUUUCCAACUUCCCACCGUUCCCACCUGUCGACAACCAGCCAGGCCCUUGAUCUGCCAGUCAGUCAAAUGGUUGUCAAUCGGAAGCGACGUCCACAACCCUCGGCCGUCACUCUCGUCCCUGGAGAUUUCGACUAAACAAAACUCACGACGGAACACCCUGGAUCGACGUCGCCCGCCCUUUUCACCAUGGCGAUUGCCAUGGGCUGGCAGAAGCCGGACAAUGUAGCCGGCUCGUCAGCCCCGGCCAUCAUGGUCGGCCUUUUCGUUGCUUCCGGCGGCCUGCUCUUUGGUUAUGACACGGGGACGAUCAACGGCAUUCUCGCCAUGCCGGCCUUUCGACGCGAUUUCGCGACCCACGAACCGGACGCCAACGGCAACUACAUAAUUACCCCCGACCAGUCCUCCAUCAUAGUUGCUAUUCUCAGCGCCGGCACUGCCCUCGGUGCCCUUCUUGGUGCUCCUUGCGCCGACUCGAUUGGUCGUCGUCUGUCUCUCAUCGCCUCUGUUGGCGUAUUCUCCUUUGGCGGCAUCUUCCAAGUCUGUGCAACGAACAUUCCGAUGCUCCUUGUUGGGAGAUUCUUUGCUGGUGUCGGCGUGGGCGCCAUCUCCCUCCUCGUCCCAUUAUAUCAAUCUGAGAUGGCUCCAAAAUGGAUAAGAGGCACUCUCGUUUGCGCCUACCAGCUCUCCAUCACCCUUGGACUUCUUGCAGCGUCCACUGUGAACAUCCUGACCGAACAUAUGGUGACUGCAGCUGCCUAUCGGAUACCACUCGGCUUGCAACUGAUCUGGGCUGUCAUCCUCUCUCUUGGGCUUCUCGUCCUGCCCGAAACACCUCGCUAUCUUGUCAAGCGAGGGAGGCCGGAAGCGGCAGGCCUCUCCCUUAGCCGGCUGCGGCGCCUCGAUAUCACCCAUCCGGCUCUCAUUGACGAGCUACAAGAGAUCGUGGCCAAUCACGAGUAUGAGCUCUCUUUGGGCCCGGCCACGUACAAAGAUGUCUUCUGCGGCUCUCCUCACCUGGGCCGCCGUACACUCACCGGCUGCGGGUUGCAAAUGCUGCAGCAACUGACGGGAAUCAAUUUCAUCAUGUACUACAGCACGACCUUCUUCGAUGGCGUCCGCAUCGAAGACCCUUACCUGAAGUCUCUCAUCCUCCAUAUUAUCAACGUUGUCUCGACGAUCCCAGGUCUCUUGGUCAUCGAAACAUGGGGGCGGCGCAAGUUGCUCAUCGUCGGUGCCAUCGGCAUGGCCAUCUGCCAACUGUUAAUAGCAUCCUUUUCCGCCGCCGCCGGCGACCACCUCGAGCGAGCCGCUCAACUCAUCCUCAUCGUCUUCUGCGCCAUUAAUAUUUUCUUCUUCGCAGCAUCAUGGGGUCCUGUGGCAUGGGUCGUAACAUCCGAGAUAUAUCCCCUCAAGAUCAGAGCCAAAGCCAUGUCCAUCUCCACCUUCUCCAACUGGAUCCUCAAUUUCGCCAUUGCUUAUGGUACGCCGUACAUGGUGGACCCCGGUCCCGGGUACGGCAACAUCGGCCCUAAGAUCUUCUUUCUCUGGGGCGCCUUCUGCAUCCUUGCUGUCUUCUACGUCUGGUGUAUGGUAUACGAGACCAGCAAGGUCAGCCUGGAACAGAUUGACGAAAUGUAUGAGCGUGUCGAUUACGCGUGGAACAGCACGCGCUUCGAACCCAGCUGGAGCUUCCAACAGAUCUUGGACGAGGGGUGGUCGCCGAGUGGACAACCGCCGGCGGGGAACGAAUUGCAGCCCACAGCAUCUGCUGCAACAACGCAAUCAACAGAUGCGGGCUUGGCGACGGCAACAAGCACCGCAGGGAAUUCCGAGACUUCUAAUUCUUCGUCAGAAAACAACAAGGCGAUACCGCAGAUGGGUCAUGUCGACUUCAGCUACUGAUUAUACCCCCAACACCUAUAUUUAUCUUUCUCGUGUUUUUAUACUGGCCUACUGGCCUGGUUUGUGCCACCAGCGACGGAGUUUAACAAAGUGACGGAGUUUUACGGCGUCAGCUCGUGGGAACAAUAGGUUUUGGGGCAAUAAGACUUGGGGGUGUGCGGAGGCUGGAUGGGAGUUUGGAAUUCUCAACAUACACCAGCGGGCCAGGCCCAGCCGCAAGGGCACCCUAGAUAUGUUGGAACCGUUCAACCUCGCGAUGCCGCUCCAUAUCUGGCUGUCUUGUGCAGGCUUAUGGGAUAUUACUGUGCUAGGACACCACAGGAUCCGUGUAACAUCAUACGCAACGGGAUGGGCAGGGAGAAUACUGGUAUUUCGGAACAGCGUUGGUAUAAUAAUGCUCAAUCCAUUAACUAUGCUUUUAGUAAAAGAAUAAAAGAACAAAGUCAAAAGGCCAAGAAGCAUGUCAUAACCACGCUUCUUCGUGUCAUCUUA